GGUCCCGGGGCGGGCUAUGGCGGCGGCGGCGACGCCGGGCUCCAACUGGGGCCUGAUCAUGAACGUGGUGAACAGCAUCGUGGGCGUCAGCGUGCUCACCGUGCCCUUCUGCUUCCGACAGUGCGGCAUCGUGCUGGGAGCCCUGCUCUUGGUUUUCUGCUCGUGGAUGACUCACCAGUCCUGCAUGUUCCUGGUGAAAUCGGCCAACCUCAGCAAGCGCAGGACCUACGCCGGCCUCGCAUUUCACGCCUAUGGAAAAGCAGGAAAGAUGUUGGUGGAAACAAGCAUGAUCGGGCUGAUGCUGGGAACUUGCAUCGCUUUCUAUGUUGUCAUUGGUGACUUGGGGUCCAACUUCUUUGCUCGGCUGCUCGGAUUCCAGGUGUCUGGCAGCUUCCGCAUCGUCCUGCUCUUCGCCGUCUCCUUGUGCAUUGUGCUUCCCCUGAGCCUGCAGCGGAACAUGAUGGCCUCCAUCCAGUCGUUCAGCGCCAUGGCGCUCAUCUUCUACACCGUGUUCAUGUUCGUGAUCGUGCUGUCGUCCUUCAAGCACGGCCUCUUCAGCGGGCAGUGGCUGCAGCGAGUCAGCUACACUCGCUGGGAGGGCAUCUUCCGCUGCAUCCCCAUCUUCGGCAUGUCUUUUGCCUGCCAGUCUCAGGUCUUGCCUACCUAUGAUAGCUUGGAUGAGCCGUCCGUUAAAAUCAUGAGCUCCAUAUUUGCUUCUUCCCUAAACGUGGUCACCACCUUUUACAUUACGGUGGGGUUCUUUGGCUACGUGAGUUACACUGAAGCCAUUGCUGGGAACGUCCUAAUGAACUUCCCUUCCAACCUCGUGACGGAGAUGAUUCGCGUGGGAUUCAUGAUGUCGGUAGCCGUGGGGUUUCCCAUGAUGAUUCUCCCGUGCAGACAGGCGCUGAACACCCUUCUCUUUGAGCAGCAGCAGAAAGACGGCACCUUCGCCGCGGGGGGCUACAUGCCCCCGCUUCGCUUUAAAGCCCUGACGCUGGCCGUGGUGUUUGGAACCAUGAUCGGAGGCAUCAUGAUCCCGAACGUGGAAACAGUGCUGGGCCUGACGGGCGCUACGAUGGGAAGCCUCAUUUGCUUCAUCUGCCCGGCUCUGAUUUACAAGAAGAUCCACAAGAACGCGCUUUGCUCACAGCUCAUCCUGUGGAUCGGCCUGGGCAUGCUGGUCAUCAGCACCUACACCACCUUGUCUGCGACCGAGGACGCCCCGGUGAAGACAGAAGCCGUGGGCUUGGAGCACCUGGAAAGAGAGGAGAGCAGAAUGGAGCAGGGCCCUGUCAAAAUCCCGGAGCAGAACCCCGCGGUGGAGGAGGCGGAGGAUGGCCGCGAGAAACCCAAGCUGCUGGACGAGAAGGAAGAGAUGGAGCAGCCGCAGAUCAAGGUGCCCAUGGAGGUACCCAAGAGGGACGAGGAGAGGGGGAAGCUGGAGGAGAAGGUGCAGCUUGACCGGCCCGACCAAGGGAUCGCCCUGCCCGUGGGGGAAGCGCACCGCCACGAGCCGCCCGUGCCGCGCGACGAGGUGCUGGUGGACACGGGGCGGGAGCGGGAGGAGUCCGACGAGAACAAGCUCGGGGGAGCCAAAGGCAACGCGCUGCAGGAGCCGGCCGAGCCGAAUCCCCAGGAAGAGGCGCUGGGCCCGAAACAAGGGAAGGAAGCGAUCGCUGAGAACCCACCGCGGGGAGGGACGGACGAGCCAGCGAUGAACCCGAAGCCCGUCCUGGAGGUGAAGGUGCAGCAGGGUGCCAGGCCGCCAUACAAGGAGCAGCAGCCAGACGAACAAGUGCCGGGCGCCAAGGCACAGGCUGCCCUGCCGGGCGGUGAGAGGAAGGCUGAGGCUGGGGAGAAAGCCAAGCUGCAGCCUCCCGGGAGAGCGGAGGAGGCCGCAAAGGCUGCAGAGAAGGAAGCCGAGCCCGGUGAGAAGCCGGAGCUGCCCCUCCCGGACCGAGCGGCCCCGGCCCAGCCCCAGCAGCCGGAGCCGAGGGAGAGCAGGAACGCGGAGGAGAAGCAACCCGAGAACGCGGAGAGCAAGCUGGAGGAUGCUGGGCAGGCGAAACUGCUCGAUCACGCUGUGCUGCUGCAGGUGAUCAAAGAACAGCAAGUGCAGCAGAAGCAGCUACUUGACCAGCAGGCCAAGCUGCUGGCUGUGAUCGAGGAGCAGCACAAGGAGAUCCACCAGCAAAGGCAGGAGGAGGGAGGAGAGGAGAAGCCAAAGCAAGCAGAAACGCAGCAGGAGCCCGCCGCGCCUCUGUCCAAGAGCAAGGAGGAAGAGAGCCCAGGAGCUAAGCAAGAAGCUGCUGCGAAGGCACCGGGGAAGGAGCCCCCCGAGCCCCCCGUGCCGGGGCUGGGCAGGCAGCCUGCGGAGUCAGCCGAGCAGCGCAGGGGCACGGCAGGAAAGCUGGAAGAGGCUGGGCACAGGCGCGAGGUUCCUGGGGUUCCUCCCAAGGAGAGGAAGGUGCUGCGACAGGAGGACGAUGGAGCCGUGCAAAACGCCGCGGAGAAAUGGGAUCCCCUCCGCGGGGAUGCCCAAGGUGCCAGAAACCACCUGGAAAAGAAGCCCUUGGCGGAGGAUUUAGGAGGUCACGAAGCCAAAGCUGGAAGAGACGUCCACGAGAAGAAUUCCCUGAAAGCCGUGGAGGCGGCCACAGCUCCCAUCCAAAGGGAACAGCUGGGGGCUGCCAAAGUUCAGAGAGCAGCAGGAAGGAGCCUGGAAAGAGACUCGGGAGCGGACCUGAAAGCCAAGGCUCUGAGUCAGGUGGAGCCCAAAGACCUGGCAGUUGCGCUGGGCUCCUCGAGCAAACUGAACGUGGCAGGGAGUGAGCAGCACCGACGGGAGCAGCAGCGAGCUGCAGACAGCGAGGGGGCCGAGGGGGCCGGCAGGCAGCAGCAGGCCUCGCAGGGGCACGUGGCUGGCAGAGGGCAAGGGAAGGAGGAAGAUCCUGGGGAGGAUGCGGCGGACGUGGCCCAGGACCCUCAGGGAAGCCUCCGGAGCAAGCAGAGGCGCGCGGAAGGGAAGCUCGGGAACGAUGCCGAGAAGAAACCGAGCCCUGAGAACGCCGCCGCCGAGAAGCCCGAGCGAGGAGCAGCCACCCGCGGGGACCGCCGGCAGGACCACGACCUCAAACCCAACCGGGACCUCAAGCUGCAGGCGGACCUCGACCUGCGCCGCCGGAGACGGGACCUGCUGCCCCCCGAGGAGGAGGAGCAGGAGGAGGAGGAAGAGGAGGCGGCGCAGGGGGCGGGGGUCCUCAUCGGCCUGAACCCCCUCCCCGACGUGAAAGUGAACGACCUCCGCAGCGCGCUGGAGACGCGCCUGAGCCAGGUGGCCGAGGGGGCGCAGCAAGUGGUGCGCAGCCGGCAGCUCAGGCAGCUGGCGGGGGCGGACGGCGGCGCCCCGCUCUGUGCCGUGUUUUGCACCCCUACACGUCAGUUCUGUGCCCCUGCGUUUUACGAGCAAGGAAAGGAAGAGCUGCUCGCGGAGCCCGGGCUCGUUCCAGGCUCCCAGACGCACCGGGGGGCUCUGGGGGACCCGGGGGGCUCGGGGGGGACCGGGAGGCUCGGGGGGGACCGGGGGGCUCGGGGCAGGGGGUGGCGGAACAGGCCGGAGCAGAGCAGAGCACGAUCCCUAACGCGCGGCCCAGAGAUCUCCCGCGAGUCGCCCGGCAGCAGCCAGUGCCUGCUGGAGUACCUGCUGAAGCGGCUGCAGAGCAACUCCUGCCACGUCAAGCUGAAGGUGCUGAAGAUCCUGCUGCACACGUGUGCCCAGGGCUCCCCCCAGUUCCUCCUGCAGCUGAAGAGGAACGCUGUCUUCAUCCGGGAGGCUGCAGCGUUCACUGGGCCCCCAGACCCCCUCCAUGGCAACAGCUUGAACCAGAAGGUCCGGGCGGCUGCACAGGAUUUGGCCAGCGUUCUCUUCUCGGAUGCUGCGCUCCCGACGCCUGCCACGCUGCCUGCCCGUCCCCUGCCUCCUGCUGGCAUGGGUUCCAAGUCCAGCCCCUGCAGCUCCUUGCAAGGAUUCGGCUUCAGCUCUGAGAGGAGCGGCUCCGCCUCUGCAGGUGAAGCCCUGCUCAGCACCAUCCAGCGAGCGGCCGAAGCGGUGGCCAACGCCGUGCUCCCGUCCCCGGAGGCGCCGCGGCCUCCCUACAGGGAGCUCCACGAAGACGCCUACCAGCCCGUGACCGCUCCCUCUCCCUCCAGGAGCUCGGCCAGCUCCGCCAGACCUCCAGCAGCCACCACAGCUCACAGCACCCGAGCGAGCCACCAGCCGGGGCUGGCCGGGGGCGGCUGGGAGGAGGCGGACAGCGGGCACAGCUCGCAGGACUCCUCGCAGGACAACGGGGACCUGAGCCGUGCCUCCGACUCCUACAGCAAAUCGGGCAGCGACAGCCACUCCGGGGCCAGCAGGGACCUGGCAAACGUGGCCGAGAGGGUGGAUGCUGACAGCCUGGGCGACUGCCUGCGGGAGGUGAGCCUGGUGUCGGCGCUGACCCAGGGCCCCAGGGUGUUCCUGAGCAGGGAGGAGGCGCAGCAUUUCCUCAAGGAGUGCGGGCUCCUGAACUGCGAGGUGGUGCUGGAGCUGCUCAGCCGGGCCCUGCAGGACCCCAGUGACAGCGUCCGCAUGCGCUCCAUGUGUGCCAUCUCGUCCCUCAUGUGCUCCGACCUGCUGGCCCUGGACCAGAUCUUCACCGUGACGCAGCAGCACCUGCAGCAGCUCAGCCAAGGCAGCCCCGGCCCCGUGGCCAACCGAGCCACGAAGAUCCUGCGGCAGUUUGAGGCUCUGUGCAGAGGCCGCUCGUCCCCGAAGAGCUCCCACCCCCGCCCAGCCCUGUCUGUCCUGGCCGAAGCCUCGGCUCCAUGCGCUGCAGACCUGCUGACGGACAUCCCGCCCCUGUCCAGCGAGGGAAUCCUCCAGCCCCUGAGCGCCGCCCCGCUCCCCGCUGCUCCGACCCUUGGGGGAGAUCCCCGGCUGGAAACGGAGCCCUGGGGGCAGCCCGCACCCCCGGCAGCAGCCACCCCGCUGGAGCAGGAGGCAGCGAGCAGACUGGUUGGGGACACAGCCCCCGGGGCUGCUCCCACCCGCAGCCUGUCCCUCUUUGCCGGCAUGGAGCUGGUGGCCCGGCCGGGCACGGUGCUCGCCCCGCUCUCUCCCCCGGCGGAGCUGCGGACGCUGCCCCAGGCCGAGGACGGGGUUGGUCCCGGUCAGAGCGAGGCAGAGGGCAGUCGGGAGCCUUCUGCCUUCUCUUUCCUCAACGUGUAGCUGCUGUGACACCCGGCCCUGUGCAUGCCCAUGCUGCUGAGCUGGGGAGGGCUCCCUGGGGGGACGCCUGCCUCGGCAUCCCCCGGGGCACCGGGGGGAAAUAAAGGAGCAGCCCUGCAGGGGCGAGCAA